AGAGUAAUCAGGAGACUUGGUUCAAGUCGGGAUUUGAAGAUGGCGCCUGGUGGCACUGCUGAGCAUGAAGUCGAAGAACACUGUUGCUGUACAAUAUUGUUUUCAUGGAAGAGGAACGUUCUCACCUCAGUCAUGAAUAAUUAAACCCUUCACUAUGCCUCACUGUUCUGCGCAACAUGAAUGCCUGGAGCAAAUCCAUAGACGGGGACUCCUCCGGCAUCCGCUUUUUCGGCGCAUAUCAGGAACGAGCCUUUACCCGUGCCCUAGACCUCGAGUUUGAGGCCGCACCUCUCCUUGGCACAAACAGAAGCAGGAGAUAUGCCAUUGUGGUUGAGAAUGGUAAGGUGAAUAGUGUGGAUGUUGAGCCAGACGAUAUUAUUGUCAGUGUCAGUACUGCGGGUAAAGUGUUGGGUUGGAUGAGAGAGAGGGACAAGGGAAUGGAAAUAGUGGUGUUCAUUGAGCUAUGAUUAUUUAAUUAUUCUAGCCUAAAUUGAGCAAAUUGAGCUCUAGACGGCUAAGGCAGACAUUGGGCUUGUGUUGGUUAUGGAUCUUGUUCUGGACCUGGGUGCCUCCACUUGUUAGU